AUGGCCGCGCCGAUCUUCUCCGCGUCGCAUGCCGCGAAGCAGGGCUCCAGGGAGGUGCGGCGGAUCCUGCGGGCCCGGAGCCACUUGGCGUGCCUGGACUUCGACGAGGCGCCGGAGCCCGCGGAGCUGAAGAAGAGCUACCGGCGCCUGUCGCUGCUGGUACACCCGGAUAAGUGCCAGGAGACGGAUGCCAAGGCGGCGUUUCAGAAGCUCAGCGAGGCCUUUGAGGCGCUCAGGGAGUCUGCUUCAGACGAGCGCCCUGCGAAGAGGCAAAAUACGUCGACGCGCUGGUGGGACACCACUUGGGAGGAGUUUGAGAGGCGCUUUCGGCAUCGCGAAAAAGGGGAGGCAGCGAGGGAGGCCGAGUUCGACCGCGGAGUGAAGGCCCAGCAGUCAUUGCUGCGGCUGCAGGAGCGGGUCGCUUCCGCCGAGAAGGUCGUGGAGAACUUGGAUCGCCGCACGGGCCUUGGGAGCAGCAGCCUGUGGCCGCGACGACCGGAGCAGGAUGCACAGGCAGCGGAAGCACGGCUUCGACAACUGCUGACGCACUUGCGCACGCGCCAUAGGUACUGCCUCUACUGCGGUCGCAAUUUUGACUCUCCCACGGACCUCUUGAAGAACUGCCCUGGUUUCAGUCAAGAGGAGCAUGAGCGCUCUAAAGGGGCCCGAGAUGCCAAAAAACCGGAGACCCGCGAAGUCAUGAAGUGCGAAGACGACCCGUUGGAUGAAUUCAUGUUUGGGAUGGAGGAUCAACUGACGAAAGACAUGAAAAAGAGCGUGAAGUCCAUGAAGACUCGACAUAUGCCGCAGAAAGGAUGGUCGUUCCAGCAGCAGGCGCAACAGAACAAGAUGGAGGCAAAGCGCCGGGGGGGGCGAUAG